UAUCUAUCACCAUCUCAUUUCAUCUGCACACUAUUAGUUAAAAUCUUCAUUCCAUUUUCUCUCGUCUCGUCUUCUCAAAUUCUUCCCCACCCUCUCCUUUUUCUGCUACACUCUCUCUCCUCACUCACUCACUCACUCUGUAGGCCAUCACAUGCUUCCUAACCUUUCACUAUCGCCGCCAUUAUACACUUUUUUUUCCCCAAGUGUUUAACAAAAUUUUAUAUAACUUCACUCUGUUUUUCCUAAUUAAUCACCCUCUAAAUCUUUUGUCAACUACUAUAUAAAACUUGCCAUUACACUACUUGUAUUAGAACUUACUAUACUUGUAAUACAACACUUCCCUCCAUUUUCACUCCCUUCAAUCAAUCUCUCUCCUAAAAAACCCUAAAAAAACCAACAAAUCACAAACAAAUGACAGAAAAAAACCCAGAUUUUUCAUCUCAUAAACACCCUUCAUCUUCCCAGAUUGUAGAAGAACUAAGAGAAUUAUGGAAGAUGGCUUUUCCAAUAACAGCAAUGAACUUGUUAGUUUACAUAAGAGCAGUAGUUUCAGUACUAUUUUUAGGAAGAUUAGGAAGUUUAGAACUUGCAGGUGGGGCCCUUUCAAUAGGGUUUACCAACAUAACAGGGUACUCUGUUUUAGUGGGCUUAGCAUCUGGGCUUGAGCCCGUUUGUUCACAGGCCUAUGGAUCACAAAACUGGGACCUACUUUCACUUUCUCUUCAUCGUAUGAUCUUCAUCUUGUUCCUUGCAAUAAUACCCAUAAGUUUUUUAUGGGUCAAUUUAGGCCCAAUAAUGAUUUUCUUGGGUCAAGAUAUGGAGGUCACAGCAAUGGCUGCUAUGUACUGUAUAUUUUCAUUACCUGAUUUGUUAACAAACACUUUUUUACAACCUUUAAGGGUUUAUUUAAGGUCACAGCAGGUGACAAAACCUAUGAUGUGGUGCACUUUGAUUGCUGUGAUGUUCCACGUGCCUUUAAAUUAUUGGUUGGUGAUGGUGUUGGAAUGGGGUGUAAAAGGGGUGGCUGUUGCUUCUGUGGUGACAAACUUGAACAUGGCUGUGAUGUUAGCAGGUUAUGUUUAUGUUAAGGAGAGAGAAAAAUGGAAGAAAGUAAAAUGGUGGAGUUGGGGUUUAAAAGGUGUUGGAAUUGAAGGGAUUAAACCAUUGAUGAAAUUAGCAGUUCCUAGUUGUCUUGGGAUUUGUUUAGAAUGGUGGUGGUAUGAAAUUGUUACUGUUCUUUCUGGGUAUUUGCCUAAUCCUAAGGUUGCUGUUGCUGCUACUGGAAUUAUGAUUCAAACUACUAGUCUUAUGUAUACUGUUCCUAUGGCUUUGGCUGGCUGUGUUUCUGCUAGGGUGGGAAAUGAGCUAGGAGCCGGGAAACCGUACAAAGCAAGGCUGGCAGCAAUGGUGGCAUUAGGAUGUGCAUUUGUGAUAGGAAUCAUCAAUGUAAUAUGGACAGUGAUUUUCAGAGAAAGCUGGGGUGAGCUUUUCACACCUGACAGCAGUGUUACAGUCCUAGUUGCAUCAGUUAUGCCCAUAAUGGGGCUAUGUGAGCUUGGAAACUGCCCACAAACUACAGGCUGUGGCAUUCUUCGUGGCACAGCACGGCCUGCUGUGGGGGCCCGAAUUAACUUGGGCUCUUUCUACUUUGUGGGCACUCCAGUGGCUGUGGGACUGGCCUUUUGGCUAAAGGUUGGAUUUAGUGGUCUUUGGUUCGGGCUGCUGUCAGCACAGGUGGCCUGUGCAGUAUGGAUUCUGUAUGCUGUGCUGGGAUCAACUGACUGGGAAGGUGAGGCCUUGAAGGCUAUGAAGUUUACUCAAGGAGAGGAGAUGAGUAAAACUUGUAAAAGUAAUAAUGAGAAGAUUGGUGAUGAUGAGGAGAAUAAAGCGUUUUUGGAGAACGACAAACUCGAAGGUAACAAGAUUAACAAUAUUUUGUGAUUUCGGAUGUGGAAAUUCCAAUAUGACCGCAGAAAAAUUUGGGGUUCAAAAUGAUUCUAGAAUAUAAACCGUGUCCAGAUUUAUUUCGAACCACUUGAUUUCCGUGAUCAUAUAAGACUUUUGCAGCUGGAAGGUAGACAACAAAAUAGAGAAGAUCUGGAGGGUUAUGUGGAGGUUUUGGGUAAGAUAUGUAUUUGUGGGGAAGAAAUGAUCAACUGAAACAUGUUUGCAUGUUUUCUAGUGCCUUUUUCUGUUCUUUGUAAGGGAAAAUCUGAUCGUAUGCUGUAGGAUAACUGGCUUUUGCUUGGAUGGUUUAAUUUCAUACAAUGGAAUGAUGGAAGUGGCCCAAUCUACAGAAGAAAGGUUCUGCGAAAUUUAUGGCCUUUGAGAUGCCUUAUCUUCUGAGUAGUUUCUGGUUUUUUGCUCAGAUUUUCCCACAUUGUCUUUAAAGGUUCUGUAAAUUUUGAAUAGUGAAGAUCCUCUUUAGCUGUUUAGGAUCAUUUCAUGUUGUUUUAUCAUGUCAUAUCACCAGCAUUUGUUAAUAGAAAUAACCUAUUUACGAAACAUGUUUCGUGUAAAACAAGAGAGAGGAGGCUGGCGGAGUUCAUUUUAUGAUCAAACGAUUAAUCUUUCGUA